GGAAGCUGAAGAGCUCCCAGGAGGCCCAACAGAGGCAAGCAACCCUCGUGAGGAAGCUGCAGGCCAAGGUAUUGCAAUACCGGAGCUGGUGCCAAGAACUGGAGAAGCAUCUAGAAGCCACUGGAGUGAGUGAGAUUGAGUUCCAUGCUCCCCUGAGUCAGGCUUCAUAUGCUGCCUGCAUGAGACUGGAAUGUGAUAUGGGGCUUUUGGUUGAAGCCUUUUCUAUCUUCCACCCCUGAGAUCCCUGUUCUUCCUUGGGCCUAGCUAUGCUGGCCUGAGAGAUUCCAGUCCCUUGGUUCUCUAGGAACUAAUGCAGCUUCAGGGCACUUAGCAGAAUGGAAGCAUGCAAUUAAUGGAAGAAAUGCACCUUUCCUCCACCAGGUGUCAGUGUUUAUCUGUCAUAGAGAGAUUUGUGUCUCUGUGGGCCUACAAAGCAUGUCUGCAGCAGAGAGAUGAUUGGGUAGGACAGGCCUUGAAAGACCUAUGUGCCUUUGUUCUAGCUCCCUCAGCCAUCUUCUCACAUUCCCCUCAGAAUGUUCUCUUAGAAGGAGGAUAUCAAAAUGUAUUGAACACCUAUUCAGGCCAGGCACUAUUAGGCAAAUGUGUAUAAUUAUGUUACUUAGUCUGCAAAACAACUUUCUGAAGACUAUGAUAGCACCUUCAUUUUGAAACUGAAGACACUGAGGCACCAAGAUAUUUUGUUUUGCCAAUAGGAGAAGGGGACCAGGAACUAGAGAAAAGGGACCGGUCCCUCGGCAGUGGGAAAUGGAGGAGCCAAACCUGGAACAGCUGCUAAUCCGAUUGGAGGAGGAGCAACAGAGGUGUGAGAGUCUAGCAGAGGUGAACACUGAGCUUCGGCUGCACAUGGAAAGAGCUGAUGUGGUGAAUAAAGCCCUUCGGGAAGAUGUGGAAAAAUUGACAGUGGACUGGAGUCGGGCCCGGGAUGAGCUAAUGAGGAAGGAGAGCCAAUGGCAGAUGGAGCAGGAGUUCUUCAAGGGUUAUCUGAAAGGAGAACAUGGUCGCCUUCUCAGUCUGUGGCGGGAGGUGGUGACCUUCCGACGCCACUUCCUGGAAAUGAAGUCAGCUACUGACAGAGAUCUGACAGAGCUAAAGGCUGAAUAUGCAAGGCUUUCAGGGUCCCUGCUGACCUGUUGCCUGCGCUUGACUGUGGGAACACAUUCUCGGGAAUCCACUGGAUCUGGGAAAAUGGAUGAGAGUGAGCCAGCUCAACUGCUAAUGCUACUAGCCAAGACCCAGGCACUGGAGAAGGAAGCCCAUGAGAGGAGCCAGGAGUUAUUACAGCUGAAAAGUCAAGGAGAUCUGGAGAAGGCUGAGCUUCAGGAUCGGGUAACUGAGCUCUCUGCUCUCCUGACCCAGUCUCAGAAGCAAAAUGAAGAUUAUGAAAAGAUGGUAAAGACUCUGAGAGAGACAGUGGAGAACCUGGAGACAAGUCAUGCAGAGUUAAUGGAACAUGAGACAUCUCUUAGUAGGAAUGCCCAAGAAGAAAAGUUGUCUUUGCAGCAUGUGAUCAAGCAUAUAACCCAGGCUUUGGUGGAUGAAACGGACAGUAUGGCCCAAGGCUGUGGUCAUGAGAGCCCUUUGGAAUUGGACUCUCGUGACUUCUCCUCCCAGGACCCUGACAAGGCUCUUACUCUGGUGUGUUCGGUACUUACUCAGAGACGCCAGGCUGUGCAGGACCUAAGGCAGCAGCUUUCAGGCUGCCAGAAGACUAUGAGCUUCUUGCAGCAGCAGCACGAUCAGUGGGAAGAAGAGGGCAAAGCCCUGAAAGAGCGGCUGCAGAAACUCACUGGGGAACGGGAUGCUCUGGCAGGGCAGACUGUGGGUCUCCAGGGAGAGGUGGACUCUCUCAGCAAGGAGCGAGAACUCCUGCAGAAGGCAAGGGAAGAGCUGCAGCAGCAACUGGAAGUGCUGGAGCAAGAGGCAUGGCGACUACGAAGGGCAAACAUGGACCUGCAGCUACAAGGGGACACUGCCCAGGGGGAAAAGGAGGAACAGCAGGAAGAGCUGCUCCUGGCUGUCAGAGAGAGAGAACGUCUUCAGGAGACACUGCUGGGCCUGGAAGCCAAGCAGUCAGAAUCACUCAGUGAACUCAUCACUCUUCGGGAAGCACUGGAAUCAAGUCGCCUGGAAGGGGAGUUACUUAGGCAAGAGAAAGUGGAAGUGACUGCAGCACUGGCCAGGGCAGAACAGUCUAUUGCAGAGCUGUCAAGUUCUGAGAACAGCCUGAAAGCAGAGGUAGCUGAUCUUCGGGCUGCAGCUGCCAAGCUCAGUGCUUUAAAUGAGGUUUUGGCCUUAGAUAAAGUUGGGCUGAACCGGCAGCUUCUCCAGUUGGAGCAAGACAACCAAUCUGUGUGCAGUAGAAUGGAGACAGCAGAGCAGGCAAGAAGUGCCUUGCAGGUGGACCUGGCAGAGGCAGAGAGGAGCAGGGAAACCCUAUGGGAAAAGAAAACUCAUCUGGAGACCCAGCUGCAGCAAGUGGAGGAGGCUGGGACUGAGCUGCAGGCAGAGCUCAGAGGCAUCCAAGAAGAAAAGGAAGAACUUAAAAAGAAAUUAAGAGAGGCACAUCACCAAAAGGAGGCAGCAACAGCUCAGCUGGAGCAGCUGCAUCAGGAGGCAAAGCGACAGGAGGAAGUGCUUGCCAGGACAGGCCAAGAGAAAGAGGCCCUAGUGCGGGAGAGGGCAGCUCUAGAAGUGCGGCUGCAGGCUGUGGAGCGGGACCGCCAGGACCUUUCUGAACAACUUAUGGGGCUUAGCUCAGCCAAGGAGCAACUGGAGAACAGUCUGUUUGAGGCCCAACAACAAAAUUCUGUGAUAGAGGUCACCAAGGGGCAGCUGGAGGUCCAGAUUCAGACUAUCACUCAAGCCAAGGAAGUAAUCCAAGGGGAAGUGAGGUGUCUGAAGCUGGAACUGGAUUCUGAAAGGAGCCGGGCAGAGCAGGAGCAAGAUACGGCAGCCAGACAGCUGGCCCGGGCUGAGCAAGAGGGGCAAACCGCCCUGGAGCAGCAAAAGGUGGCCCAUGAGGAGGAGGUGAACCAACUCCUAGAGAAAUGGGAGAAAGAGCGUUCUCUCCACCAGCAGGAGCUGACAAAGGUCCUAGAGCGCCUAGAGAGGGAAAGAAUGGAGCUGGAAAUGAGGCUGAAGGAACAGCAAAUAGAAACCGAGGCCAUCCAGGCACAGAGGGAAGAGGAACGGACCCAGGCUGACAGCACCCUCUGCCAGAUGCAACUGGAAACGGAGAAGGAGAGAGUAUCCCUCUUGGAGACACUGCUGCAGACUCAGAAGGAGCUGGCAGAUGCCAGCCAACAGCUGGAACGGCUGAGGCAGGACAUGAAGGUUCAGAAGUUAAAGGAGCAGCAAACCACUGAAAUGCUGCAGACCCAGCUCCGGGAGGCUCAGCAGGAGCUGAAGGAGGCAGUACAGCAGCACAAAGAUGAUCUUGCUGCCCUCCAAGAAGAGGGUAGCACUUUGCUGCAGGACAAGAUAGACCUACAAAAGGAGGUAGAAGACUUGAAGUCUCAGCUGGUGGCCCAGGAUGACUCUUACAGGCUGGUGGAGCAAGAGGUUCAAGAGAAGCUGAAAGAAGCGCAGGAAUAUAGUCGAAUUCAGAAGGAACUAGAAAGAGAGAAAGCCAACCUAACUCUGUCACUGGUAGAAAAGGAACAGAGACUCAUUGUUUUACAAGAAGCUGACUGUGUUCAACAGCAAGAGCUGAACUCCUUGCGCCAAGAUAUGCAGAAGGCCCAGGAAGGGCAGAAAGAGCUCAGCGCCCAGGUGGAAUUGCUGAGGCAGGAGGUGAAGGAAAAAGAAGCUGACUUUAUGGCCCAGGAAGCACAGCUGCUGGAGGAGCUGGAAGCCUCUCGGAUCACAGAACAGCAACUUCGAGCUUCCUUGUGGGCCCAGGAGGCCAAAGCAGCCCAAAUGCAGCUGCGCCUGCGAAACACUGAGAGCCAGCUGGAGGCUCUGGUCACUGAGCAGCAGCCCGGGAACCAGGCCCAGGCCCAGUUGGCCAGCCUUUACUCUGUCCUGCAGCAGGCCUUUGGGUUUGUGUGUGAGAACAGGCCUGAGCUGAGGGGUGGGGGAGACUCUGCUCACUCCCUCUGGGACCCUGAGCCAGACCAGAAUGGAGCUAGGAGCCUUUUUAAGAGAGGGCCCCUCUUGACUGCUGUCUCAGUUGAGGCCAUAGCAUCUGCCCUCCACAAGCUUCACCAAGACCUGUGGAAGACUCAGCAGGCCUGUGAUGAUCUGAGGAACCAGGCCCAGAAGCUGACACAGUGUCUAACUGAUGUGGAGGCUGAGAAGAACCAGGUCCAGUCAGAGUUGCAGGACCUGCAGAGACAACUCUCCCAGAGCCAGGAAGAGAAAUCCAAGUGGGAAGGAAAACAGAACUCCCUGGAAUCUGAGCUGAGGAACCUGCAUGAGACUGUGGUGUCCUUACAAAGUCGCCUACGGCAGGCAGAACUGCAGAGAAUGGAAGCCCAGAGUGAACGAGAGUUACUUCAGGCAGCCAAGGAGGACCUAAUGGCUCAGGUAGAACACCUGCAAGCAUGUGUUACAGAAGCGAGGGCCCAGGCAAGUGCUGCUGGGGUUCUAGAAGAAGAUCUGCGAACAGCACGCUCAGCACUAAAACUGAAAAAUGAGGAGGUGGAAAGUGAGCGGGAGAGAGCCCAGGCUCUGCAAGAGCAGGGUGAGCUGAAGGUGGCCCAGGGGAAGGCUUUGCAGGAAAAUCUGGCUCUGCUGGCCCAGACCCUGUCUGAAAGAGAGGGGGAAGUAGAGACUUUGCAGGGAGAAAUCCAGGAACUAGAGAAGCAGCGGGAAAUGCAGAAGGCUGCUCUGGAACUGCUGUCUUUGGACCUGAAGAAGAGGAACCAAGAAGUUGAUCUGCAACAAGAACAGAUUCAGGAGCUAGAGAAGUGUAGGUCUGUCUUAGAGCACCUGCCCAUGGCUGUCCAGGAGCGAGAGCAGAAGCUGACUGUGCAACGAGAACAGAUCAAAGAGCUUGAGAAAGAUCGGGAGACUCAAAGGAAUGUCUUGGAGCAUCAGCUUCUGGAACUGGAGAAGAAGGCCCAAGUAAUUGAGUCCCAGAGAGCACAGAUUCAGGAUUUGAAAAAGCAAUUGGUGACUCUGGAAUGCCUAACCCUGGAGCUGGAGGAAAGCCAUCACAAGGUGGAGGACCAGCAGAAGGUGAUCGAGGAGCUGGAGGGCCAGAGAGAAAUGCAAAGGGUGGCUCUGACUCACCUCACACUGGAUCUGGAAGAAAGGAGCCAGGAGGUACAGGUGCAAAGCAGCCAGCUCCAUGAGUUGGAGAGCCACAGCACUGUUUUGUCAAGAGAGCUGCAGGAGAGGGAGCAGGAGGUGAAGUCCCAGCGCCAGCAGAUUGAGGAGCUACAGAGGCAGAAAGAGCAUCUGACUCAGAACCUGGAGCAGAAGGGCCAGGAACUGAUGCUCCAGAAAGAGAGGAUUCAGGGUCUGGAAGACCAAAGGACUCUGCAGACCAAGAUCUUAGAAGAGGACCUGGAGCAAAUCAAGCUGUCCUUGAGAGAGCAUGGCCGGGAUCUGGCCUCUCAAAGGCCAUUGAUGCAGGAGCAGACAGAGGAAGGGAAGAGUCCUAGAAAAGCACAGAGAGGAAAUCUAGAACACAUGAAGCUGAUCCUGCGUGAUAAGGAGAAGGAAGUAGAAUGCCAGCAGGAAUGCAUCCAGGAACUUCAGGAGCACAAGGACCAGCUGGAGCAGCAGCUCCAGGGUUUGCACAGGAAGGUGGGUGAGACCAACCUGCUCCUGACCCAGCGAGAGCAGGAAAUAGUGAUCCUGCAGCAGCACCUGCAGGAAGCCAAGGAACAAGGAGAGCUGAAAGAGCAGUUACUUCAGGGUCAGCUGGAAGAGGCCCAGAGAGCCCUGGCCCAAAGGGACCAGGAACUUGAGGCCUUGGAGCAAGAACAGCAACAAGCUCAGAUUCAGAAGGAGAGCAUGAAGGAAAAGGUAACCACACUCCAGUCAGCUCUGGAGCAGGCCCAUGUGACACUGAAAGAGCACCACCGAGAGCUUGAGGAGCACAAGGAGCUGGUACGAAGUCUCCAGGAAGAGCUGGAAGUGGAGGGACGGCAGGUGCAGGCCCUGGAGGAGGUGUUGGGAGACCUGAGGGCUGAGUUUCGGGAGCAGGAGAAGACUCUGCUGGCCCUUGAGCAGCAGUGUGCUGAGCAGGCACAGGAGCAUGAAGCAGAAGUCAGGACCCUGCAGGAAAGCUGGCUGCAGGCAGAUGCCAUGCUCAAGGAACGGGACCAGGAGUUGGAGGCUCUGCGGGCAGAAAGCCAGUCCUCUCAGCAUCAGGAGGAGGCUGCAUGGAGUCAGGCAGAGGUUCUGCAGGAGGCCCUCAGCAAGGUCCAGGCUGCCCUGCAGGAGAAAGAGCAAAGUCUCCUUGAGCAGAUUGAAUUGAGCCACAGUCUGGAGGCCAGUACUAACACCCUUCGAGCCACCCUGGAUGCCUGCCAGGCACAUGCCCGGCAGCUGGAGGAAGCCCUGAGGAUGCGUGAAAGUGAUAUCCAGGACCAGUAUCUCCAACACCAGGAGGACAUGCAGCAGCUCCAUCAGGCACUUGCCCAGAAGGAUGAAGAACUGAGGCAGCAAAAGGAACAGGGGCAACUGCUGGAGAAGUCUCUGGCUCAGAGGAGCCAAGAGAAUGCUAUCCAACAGAAGCAGAGUCAGGGACAAGAGAGAAAAGAGACCAGAAGCCUUUGUGAGAGUCUAAAGGAAUUACAGAUGACACUAUCCAAAAAGGAAGAGGAAAUCCUAGAACUGAGGGAGGCCCAGCAAAGGAAGAAUGUGGGAGCCUUUCCCCCUAGCUACAGAACCUCCCCAGUGGAGGAGUCAUCCUCAAAAUUAGAUUCUUUAGAGCCCACGCUGCAGCAGGACUUGGAGCGACUACAAGUAGCCCUGAGGCAGACAGAGGCCAGGGAGAUUGAGUGGAGGGAGAAGGCCCGGGACCUGUCACAGUCCCUGGCCCAGAGCAAGGCCAGCAUCAACAGUCUACAGGAGAUAGCCAUGUUCCUACAAGCCUCUGUCCUGGAGCGGGAAUCAGCACAGCAAAGGCUGCAGAAGGAGCUGGCACUUACCAGACAGGCUCUAGAGGAGGAGCGGCUAUGUAACUCACACUCAACCCACAGAGCGGAGCGGGGGCCCAGAGCAGAGCUGGGUGUACAGCCCAGAGAGGUUUCAGGAGUGGAAGCUGAGCCUAGUCCUGAUAUAGAGGAGAAGCAGCUGUUGAGACAAAGGCUUGAACACCUACAGCAAGCAGUGGCACGGCUGGAGAUUGACCAGAGCAGGCUACAAUGCCACAAUGUCCAGCUGCGGACCACCUUGGAGCAGGUGGAACGAGAGCGGAGGAAGCUGAAGCGGGAUUCCAUGCGUGCAUCCCGGGCAGGGACUCUGGAGAUCAGUGAAGCUAUGGCCUCAUCACCCACACAGCAGGAUGGAAAAGGACAGAGGGACUUCACAGAUGCCAAAUAUAUGGUUGAACUGCAGAAAGAGGUAGCCCUGCUGCGAGCCCAGCUGGCCUUGGAGCGGAAGCAGAGGCAGGACUACAUUGCUCGCUCAGUGCAGACCAGCCGUGAGCUAGCAGGCCUGCAUCACAGCCUGUCCCACUCUCUUCUCACAGUGGCCCAGGCCCCUGAGGCUACUGUCCUGGAGGCCGAGACCCGCAAGCUGGAUGAGUCCCUGACUCAAAGUCUGACAUCCCCUGGGCCACUCCUGCUACAACCCAGCUCCAGCACUACCCAAACCACCCCCAGGUAGCAGCCACAACAAAAGCAGAAUACAGGCCAACCUGGUAGCAUACGACAGACCGAUGACUGUAGAGGGGGUCAUGGCCCCUCCAUAUAGCUACAGGUUUGCCAAAGGGAAGGUGUGGCUCUGUUAUCUAAUCUGGGUGCUCCAGGUUGGCUGACAUUCCCAGAAGAGGACAGAAACAUGCAAGGCUUGAGAACCACAGCUCGUGUGGGAAUGAGGCAAGUCACAUCUGCCUGCAAACCUACAGUGCCCAGAGUGUCUUCCCCUGGUUGAGGGCCACCUGCUGUCUAGGCCUGGAGACUCCAGCAACACCACAGUAUGUAGGUGUUGUGAUCAGGUCAUGAACAUUCUGGGAACAUCAAGUACAGGGAGGUUCCGUCGUCCUCUUGUUUACAAUGUAUUUUCAUAGCACCUCACCUUCUCCCUUACCUUCCCCUUCAACAGUAAACCCAGGGUCUUUGCAUUAGUCGUUGGCUGCUGUCUUUGUGUAGCAGGGUAGCAGCAGUACAUCAAAAGAAUUAAAGAGCAAUUUGCUAAUUCAGGAAUUUGCUGAUUCCUGUCAGACAGCCUGAAAGCCACUUGAGGAUACCAGAUUAACACAUUAAUGAUUUGGAGACAGUUCUGUGUACUGACUAGAAGUACUACAGAAAUUCCAGGGACUGAGAAAGGGAGGUAUGCCCUGGGCCUUGAGGGAUGGGGAGUUAGGGGUGCUUCUAAGCACACUGAUGGGAAGACUGGUCUGGCUGUGGCAGAGGAUGGGACUGAGGCUAGGAAGGGGUGGAUUAUGGAGUGCCUCUAGUUCUAAUUCAUAGACAGUGAGGAACCACCAAAUGCCUUUGACUUAGAUCUUAAAAAUACUUUAUUGAGGGCUGGGCCAUGGCUCAAGUGGUAGAGUACCUGCCUAGCAAGCACAAAGUCCUAAGUUCAAACCCCAGUACUGCCAAAAAACAAAAACAAAAAUUACUGAGUCAGUUGAUCUUUGACUGAAGUCAAAGUCUGGCCUCAUUCCCCUUGACACAUGGUUUUCUGCAUGGAUGCUUUAGAGGUGUCCUUUUCUGUGCUCCUCAACUGAAACUGCUUCUGAUCCCCUUUGUCUAUGUAUCAAGCCAGUCAGGAGGAUGGGCUAUGGUAGAAAUUGUCACUUUUGACCUGGGCCUGGCGGAGCAGUCUGGAUUGAACCCAGCUCACAGGUCUAAGACCCCAAACUGACCUCUUUUGGUUUUCUUAGCUCUUUGCUACCAAUGCCACCAGCUAUUUAGAUGCCUUCAUAAGAACUGAAACUUAGCUCAGGUAUGGGGCGGGGGGAGUGGCGAGACAGGUCAUAGGACUUGGAGGUAAAAUAAUGAGUGGGCCAGGGAUCAGAGGAGGUCUCAAGUUUCCUCGAAGCCUGAAAAUACUUUUCUUCUACUUCCUUUUCCUCAUCCUCUGCCUCCUCACCCUCCUUAUUAUCCUCUCCUUUUUUUGUGGUGCUGGGAAUGGAACCCAGAGCCUUCCACAUGCUAGGCAGGCACUGUACCACUGAACCACAUCCCCAGCCCCCAGGUAGAUUCCGUGUUCUUGUGUUGACUCUGGGGGCUCCUGCCUCCAUUCUUUUAAUGAUCCUCCAUAUUUUUAUUUUUAUUUUUUCCCAGCAUUGGGGUUUGAACUCAGGACCUCAUGCUUGCUAGGCAAAUGCUCUUAACCCUUGAGCCACUCCACCAGCCCUACCCUCCAUGUUUUCUGUGUUGGAACAACAGUCCUCAUGCCACAACCUAGUCACCUGUGCUCUCUGCUUCCCCACAUGGAAUCUUCCCCACACAGGAUCUUGAAGGCAGAAAAGCUGCCUGGCAUGAGUGUACCCUCUAGAGAAGGAGAAGCUGCUGAUGUCUGUUAGGGUGAGGGAAAUGGCCAUUUUAUAUCAAGAAGCCAAGAGCUAUUUGCUCUGGGCCGAGCGCCCUUCUUUUCUUACAGACUGAUGAAACCACUGCAGUCCAUACUGGAUCUGGAGGCUUCAGUGACACCACAGCAUGUGGCUGUGCUCUGGAUGCUCUAAGUGCAGGGAGGUUCGGUUGCCCACAUCAUUCUCUAGACCCAAAAGUGGGCCCUGGUUCAUUCUGCAGAGACAGGAAAGCAACUCAGGAAGGCACUGGGGCUCAUGGCCCAGCACUGCUCCCUGCCCUCACCUCCUGCCCCACCUGAGCAUAGUGUGGUGCUCAUUGAUGAUUAUCCCUCAUUCCAAAUACUUGAGAUCUGCAAGUUGCCACCACCACACAGGACUGGCAUGGGCAGGUAUCAGGAUCUGGCUGUGGUCUUGGGAUGAGUUGAAAUUGUUCUGCUUGGCCAGCUGGAGUUGAAUUAGGUUUCCUGGGUUUGGUGCCUAAGGAGAAGAGUGUGAUUACUCACUCAUGGGUCCAACAGAGACAAGGGACUAGACCCCAAUGGAGAGUGUGACCCAGCAGAGAAAGGAGUCAAGGGAAGAAUGCAGCCCAGAGCCCAAGACUGACCCUACACCAGCCGCUGGAGACAGGAUGGCCUCCAGUUCUAUUAAAAGUUCUGGGACCAUAUGAAGUGCAGAACAAACCAGGCCCCUGCUGGUGGAAGCAGGCUUUGCAGAUGUGGUGCCUGCUGGGUUGAGGAGUCGCACGCAGAUCUUCUGCAGCUCUGGGCUAGCGGCAGGACUUUCAGAAGUUCUCCUGGUUAGCUUAGUUUGACAUGGGGAUAGAUAACAUCUCCAGCUGCCCCCCUAUAAUACCUCAUGUCCUGCCUCCUGACCCAUUACUCCGAAGAUCAGGGACAGAGGUGCUGUGGACAGGAGCAGUAGGGAGAAAGAACUAGGGAUGCCUGUGUGCUCCACGCAGUGAACCCUCUCCACAUGACCAUGAGCAUGGUGAAGGCAGGAAGAAGGAAGAACCAAAGCACUGGGUCUCAGAGCCUCAGAGCCCUGGAUUUAUUCCUUCUUGCUGAGGCCAAGAUUUGCCUAGACACUUGAUGGAGAUGAAGAUGAGAGGUGAGCCUUCUCUGGACUAUGCUCCUGCUCCCACAGGUGUCACUUAGCUCAUUUACCUCAGCCUGGUCCCAUUAUGGACUCUUUUUUUUUUUUUUCUUACCCCUUGGCUGCCAAUGUCACCAGCUCUUUAAAUGCCUUCAUAUGAUCUGAAGCUCAACUCAAAUGGGAAGGCUUGGAGGUAAAAUGUAAGUGAGCCAGGAGUCAGAGAAGCGAGUCUGUAAGGCUGGGAAAGUGAAUCAGAGUGAAUGACUGCCCAAUAGAGAAGCCUGGUGGAUGAGCCAGGCUGGUGCCAGCCACUAUCCCUAAUCUAUCUUUUCAUUCAUUUGGCAAAUACUCCUUAAAUUUCUGUCACAAAGCUCCACAAUGGUGCUGACUCCAGGAGAGAGACCCAGGACACAGAUAAACACUGACAUCAUGACCCAGAUACCCAGAAGUGACUCUGGCUGCUCCUGAUGAGGCCAGGGAAAUAGUCAUAGAACAUUUUGGAGGAAGAAAGGGCUGAGGGCCAUCCACAGUGUUUGUCUAGAGCUAACUGGAUGCUCUGGAUGUAUGGAUUCAAGGGGUCCAUCUGCAGGUCCAGGAGCAGUGGCAGGCUGUCAAAGUGUAUCAGCUAGCCCAGUCAGAGCAGAACUUUCUGAUCAAAAUGCAGAAUCAACCACAGGUAAACAUCAAGGCACACCACAAGCCUCAAAGCCCCCAUUAAAGCUACAUUCUUGUUCCGUGGUCCAAGGUACACAGUAAGUGGCAGGCUGAGUGGGAUGCCAGACACUGGGAAAAGUGGGCAGCUAUGGUCAUAGACUCGACCAACGUCUCACGGCCCUGUGUGCCUCCAUUCCUCCAGCCUUUCACAAACAUCUUCCAGUACUUCACCUCUUGCCCCCCUCUCCACCUGUUAAAUCUUAAAGGGUGCUUAUCUGGAGGGGAAGAGGUGAUGUUUGGUCUGUCGUGUGGCCUCCCUGGAUAAUGGCCAAUAAAGUCCUUCAUGCCAGACCAGUUCUAUCAGGUACUUCAUUACUGAAGUCACAUUGUGGUUCCUGAAUGUAGACUGUCAUAAGAGAAGCUUUACUUUGUCACUUAGCCCAGAGCACAGCUGAUGAAAGAGGGCUUGGAAGUCAAGUGGUGGAGACAGGAAUGAAAACAGGUGAGAACAGGAGCUGAGGCUAGUGUGCCUCUCUGAGGGGUGCCAUGUAGUCCCAGUGAGGGUUGUCAAGCAGGAAGCAGAGGGGGAAAGGAAAAGCCUUUUGGUCCCUUUCAGGAAAAGAAUCCAUAGGAAAACACUAAUGUGGUUCAAAAUUAAUUCCCAGCCAUCCAAACCAUUUUCUUUGGUAGAUUUUCUUGGCAUUUAUUUUAAAUGAAGCAAUUGCAAUGCAUAUGGCUAAAAAAUUAAAUAGCAAAGAAAGCAGCAGUUUCUCACCCCAUUCUUCUCUAACAUCUCCCCAGAAGCAAACCAAUUUUUCUGGUGAUUAACUUUAUUAGUCUAAGUAAUAAAUUUAAGAUGCCGUAUGGGUUCAGUAUCUGGAAAAAGAGGCAGCACUGCUCACACUUCAGUUCUGGCUCUGAGCUUCCUCUAUACUUCUAGACCCCCGUGAACCAUCUCUUGGGAAGGUAGGUAAAUGUGUCUGCAGUUUUAGGAGGGGUGUUUGUAUUUUGUUUAGUUGUGUGUAGUUGUUAGGCAGCCACCUGGAUAGAAUGGAGGGGAUAUUGUUUUAGAUACCCAACAACUGAAACUCUCAUUAACUGAGGCUGUGUAGUUUGCUUUGAACUAGUUUCUACCAAAAAGACAGAAUAAAUGAUCCCUCCACCCACACACUUCUUUACCAAUUUUCAGAGUAAGGGGUUGAUAUAAUCACCUCCAACAAAUUGUUUUUCUCUUUGAUUGCGUUAUGGACUCGAGGUUAUAUCCACAGUGACUGAAUCAUGAUAGUGCUUUUUAUUUUUAUACAGUUUUUAUUUUGUUUUAUUUUUGGCAGCCUUGGGGUUUGAAUCAAGAACUUCAGAACUUCAUGCUCAUACCACUUGAGCUAUUCUGCCAGCCAUUUUUAUUUUUAUUAUUAGUAAUACUAGGUAUUGAACUCAGGGCUUGGUGCUUACUAGACAAGCACUCU